CAUCCCCUCCUGUUAACCAUCGGUUCCAGGCUCACCGUUCACCCGUAAAUUUUAGUGGUUUAUCUCUCGGUGCUGUCUCUUGUCGUUUUCUUUAUUUUAUUUUAUUAUUAUUAUAAUUUUUGAAAUUCUCAAAUAGGUGUACACAGUUUACACGCUCACGCAGUAUUUAGAUAAAAAAGACAACGACAAACUUAAAAAUGGAAACGCAGGAUACCAGCAUGACGAAUCUGAUAAUCAACUACCUUCCUCAAUCAAUGACUGACAAAAAGCUCCAUCAAAUGUUCACUCAGAUUGGACAGAUUGAAGCGUGCCGAGUGAUGAAAGACGUCAAGACUGGUUACAGUUAUGGCUUUGGUUUCGUUAACUUUGUUCGGCCAGAAGACGCAUCUAGGGCUAUUGAAGUGAUGAACGGUCUUCAAGUAGAAAAUAAGCGUUUAAAAGUAUCGUAUGCCCGACCUGCAGGAGAGGAUAUAAAGGAUACAAACUUAUACGUUCAAAAUUUACCUAGGUCGAUAACAGAAAGAGAACUUGAAGAACUGUUUGCUCCUUACGGGAAAAUAGUUCAAAAAAAUAUACUGAAAGACAAGUACAGUGGGCUUCCUAGAGGAGUAGCAUUUGUUCGAUACAACAAAAAAGAAGAUGCCCAAAAAGCUAUUAAUCAGCUAAAUGGGGUAUUGUUGGAAGGCUGUACAGAGCAUUUAUCAGUGAAAAUUGCUGAAGAACACGGCAAACAAAAAGCAGCUUAUUUGGCCGGUCUUCAAACCGGCUUAGCGCACAGAGGCGCAAAACCAUCUCAAAACGUUCACCAGCUACUCAGAAGCAACCACACUGUUGAAAAAUAUCCCAAUGCUUUGAUACAACCUAUAGAUAGGCACAAUAUUGGUGCUGUGCGUCAGGACAGGGCUAGCUACCGUUAUACACCAGUCGGCAUGUUUCCACCUCACGGUUAUAAUGUUGGUAUUGGCAAUGGAAACAUGUAUUAAAUAUGGUAUGCAAUAAUCUUCACCACUGUACAGUUUUUUAGGUUUUUUUCUUUUGAAAUGUAAAUGAAAUUAAUAUUAUAUAAAUAUAUAUAUUCUAUCUUUAUAAUAUAUAAAAACAUGCUCUAUAAUUUUUUUUAACAAAAAAGUAAAAAUAAUAAAAACAAAUGUAGAUUUCAUUUAUAAUUAUUAUUUAAUUUUAGUAUAGAAAUUUUGUAAAUAAUUUCAAGUAACAAAUCAUUUGUAUGUUAUAAUUCUAAAAAAAAAGUAUACACAAAACUUAUCAAUAUUAUUUUUAUUAUCUUCGUCCUUUUUUAUUAUAGCCGAGGUACCUAGUCUUGUAGUGAAAAAAAUAAGACUGCAUUUAUACAUAAAUUUUAAUGUUUUUCUACCUUACUCAUUUUUUUUUUUUAAAAACCCUUGCUAUUUGCAAUAAUUUAUCACUUUGGAUUAGGAUUUGAUAAUAUUGUACAAGCUUCAAGUGAAUAUACUGAGGUAUGAUUAUGUGUAUUUACAAUUUUUUUUAAAUUAAACAUUGUUAAUAUUUAUAUGUUAGAAAUUUUGUUUUUAAAAUAAAUAAAAUUGCAUGUGUAACUUACAUACAUAUAACAAAUACCAAAUUCACUAUAUUUUUUUUUAAAUUUCACUAUUGUUCUAAGGAAUGAAGUCUGGCUUUGACACAAUGUUUUACAGAUUAUUUCUUGUAGUGUCCUUAAAAUAAUUGUGUGGAAUUUGAAUUCCAUUGGAAUAAAAUAAGAACUAUUGUAGACUAAUGGAUAGUCAGCAUAUUUUUUAAUGUUCAUUUUAACACCAGUAUUCAGUAUGUCAGUAAGUUUUGUAAUAACAUAAAUAUUUACAUGGCAUGCCAAACAUGACCAGUUGUAAGUUUUUAAUUAUUAUACUCACCAAGUUUCUAAGUACCAUUAUAUCAUAAAAUGUAGAGAACCCACUUUUAUAUCUCGGAUUAAUAAUUUUUUUAUUUAUCUAUCAAAAUAUUGUUUUGAUAGAUUCUAAUAUCUAUGUUAUCUUUAUUAUGGUUUUAUUAUUAAAUAAGAAAAUAAUUUGUUAAAUAAAGCCACAAAUUUAAUCUUCU